AUGGUUGAAUGGUGGUACAAUUCUACCUACCACUCCAGCCUCAAUAUGACACCAUUUGAAGCACUGUUUGGAUAUAAACCAGUGCCUCUACCAUUAGGGCCUUAUUUGGAUUCUGUCGUGCCUGCAGCCUCCAAUUUACUACAGGAAAGAAACAGGAUCUCCAAUUGCAUAAAGGACAACCUAGUCAAGACUCAACAAAUGAUGAAAUACUUUGCUGAUCAACACAGGAGUGAGAGGAAAUUUUCAGUAGGGGAUUGGGUCUUUCUGAAGUUUCAACCAUAUAGGCAACAAACAGUAGCAGUAAGAAAGUGUCUCAAGCUGUCUGCCAAAUACUACGGACCUUUCCAGGUAGAGGAGAAAGUUGGUUCAGUGGCCUAUAAACUGAAGUUGUCAGCAGGCACUAGACUACACCCUGUGUUUUAUGUUUCGCUACUUAAGAAUAAACUUGGACCUGUGCAAGGGAGUUCUACUAAGCUACCAAAAUUUGACACACAGGAUCAAUGUCCAUUACAACCAGAGGCAAUCCUGCGCAGAAGAGUCAUUUUGAGAAAUGGACAACCUGUCAUUCAGUUCCUGAUUAAAUGGAAUCAACUGGAGCCUGAGGAAGCUUCUUGGGAGGACAGGUCUUUCAUUGAACCACAAUUUCCUGCAUUCUAG